AUGGACCCAGCUCUGGUUGCCGCGGUGCGUCGUGGCUAUCCAGACGUUAUUAAGCUCCUGCUGAGGGAUGCUGAACGUCGACAACUUCUCGACGCUGCUCAGCGGCUUCAGGAGCUCGGGAACGCACUCUGGGUCGCUGCCCACCAUGGCAACGACGAGCUAAUUCACUUGCUGUUGGCGGAAGGUGCUGAUGUGAAUUUCCGGUGGGAUGGCACAACCUCGCUAGAUAGCGCAGUGAUCAAUGAUCAUUACUCCAUGGCCAAGAUUCUCCUUCAAGCUGGCGCCGAUCCGAAGAUGGCAGAUUGCAAUGGCAUAGGACCCCUCUCGCGGGCUGCGAAGCCAAGUGAAGCCAUCUGGUUGGGACAGAGCACUGGGCGGUACCCAAGCCCUCGGAACCCCAGCCACCUAGUGGUUCCAUAUCCGCAAGUUGUUAGAGAUAAAUUGGUGGCUAUGACUCGUCUUCUUCUUGAUUAUGGUGCAGAUGCUGCUGGGCUUGAUGAGCCUAUAUGGACGAACAUCGGGUGA